UUACACAUAAUCCAGCGUGUUAUGAAAAGUAAAAGUCAGAAAUCUCGUUCCUAAUUGGCUGGUUUCUUCCUGACGCAAAAUGACGUCAGUGCCAGUCAUCCGAUCCGUCAUCCUCAGUUUUGAUGUGAAGGGGAAGUUGGGAGGAUUCGAGAGGAAGAUCUGGGAGCGGCCUUUUGCGAGAAGCACCUUUUGAUUUCAGUACAGGAGAUUGGCGUUUAGGGUCAUGGCAGGAAGAGGCGGAGCAACGAGACCUAAUGGGCCGAAUGCCGGCAACAAGAUCUGUCAGUUUAAACUAGUGCUUCUGGGAGAGUCUGCUGUGGGUAAAUCAAGUUUAGUCCUUCGCUUCGUAAAAGGACAAUUUCACGAGUUUCAAGAAAGCACAAUAGGAGCGGCCUUUUUGACUCAGACAGUAUGUUUGGAUGACACAACAGUGAAGUUUGAAAUCUGGGAUACGGCCGGCCAGGAGCGCUACCACAGUUUGGCCCCGAUGUACUACAGAGGAGCACAGGCGGCCAUAGUGGUGUAUGACAUCACAAAUGAAGAAUCGUUUACACGUGCAAAAAACUGGGUAAAGGAGCUUCAAAGACAAGCCAGUCCAAAUAUCGUAAUAGCUUUGGCUGGAAACAAGGCAGAUCUUGCCAACAAGAGAGCACUGGACUUUCAGGAUGCUCAGUCAUAUGCAGACGACAACAGUUUGCUUUUUAUGGAAACAUCGGCAAAGACUUCAAUGAAUGUGAAUGAGAUUUUUAUGGCCAUCGCAAAGAAGCUACCCAAAAAUGAGCCGCAGCCUGCUAGUGCCAACACGGGACGCACCAGAGGUGUGGAUCUAACAGAAACAGCACAGCCCGCGAAAGCUUCCUGCUGUAGCAACUGAAGGGCAGCGCUCCUCACCUCCUAACAGCAUCACAUCUGGACAUGGGGCUCCUCCUUCCAAACCUCGCUCCUCGGAUUAGCUAAAGACUCUGUAUAGCUGUGUUUCUAAUACUUUUUUUACUUUUUAUUUUUAAGAAAAUAUGUAAAUCAGCCGUCUACCGGGUGCAUGUAUCACUACAAAGCUAAAUACACAUUUUAACUUACAUUCAGCCGGAGAACAAACCCGUUUGAGAGAGAGAGAGAGAGAGAGAGAGAGAGAGAGCGCAUGUGCUUGUAUGCGUCUGAUAUGGGAAAACGAGUGGCUGUGUGCAAACAGAUCUGAUGGUAUCAUUCUGAUCGAAUCUGCAGACGUUUUGUCUUUUCUGUGCAGAAUUAAACAGAAAUGCGUUAAACUGAGCUGCGAGUAAACGAACAUGCAAACGAAUGGGCAAAGAUUGUGUAUACAGAUUCCACAUGGGCCUGAUUAUCAAAUUGAAUCGGAUAGUAAAAGGGUUUUAAAGAAAACUGCAUUUACUGAACAUCGAGAUUCUCCAUCAACAGCGAAGUCUGAGUUGUUGACUUGAAUUUAGGAUGCAUCUGAUGUUCUCAUUUACAGUACAGCCUCUCCUAGCACUGUCUGAUCUUACCAUCUCCCAUGCUGCCAUUGUGUUUUUUGCCAUUGAGUUCGUAUGAGAUUAUGAAAAUAUUAGGCCUGUUGAUUUCUGGUUCAUCUUAUACUGAACUAGAUGUGGCUGGUUAAGUGGUCCAGCUUUAGGCGAUUCGAUCGGUGAACCCAUAAAGAACAAAUCAAGGCAGUCAGUGAAACCUGUUUAACCUGCUGUAUUACUUUCAUUAUUAUUCAUUUAGUCUGUAUUCCCACACUCUAAAAACGCUUGUGUUAAAAAUAAUACACAUCUAAAUGUGUUGUCUCUUAUUAGACACAUCUCUGUCUUAAUAUUGGAACAACACAUUUUGUCCCUUUUAUUUAUUUUAUUUUGACACAUAAUAUGUUCAAUAACAUGACACAAAGUGUAAAAAACGAACACAUCCUUUUUUAGAGUGCAUCUCUGCGUUUUUGCUUAUGCAUUGUACAAGCAAUGGUCAGGCCCAGAUGAAAUCUGUAAAGUCUGUAAAAUCAAUUAAAAUAGUAAAUUGCAUUAAAUGAAGCAAAGAGUAAUACAGUUAAAAAAAGUAAAAAAAUUAAAAGUUACCUGGUUGCCUUAAUAUUUUGAGUUAAUUAAACUUUUUUACACAAUUUUAUUGAGUUAACUAAUAUUUUUAAGUUGAAUUAACUGAAAAUUGAGGCAACCAGGUAACUUACUUUUUGAAGUUGAACCAACAAAUCUUUUCAACUCAUUCCCCACCAGCCAUUUUUUGAAAAGUUGCCCGCCAGCAUUUUUGUGAUUUUCACAAAAUGCCUUCCAGGAAAAUGUUCAUCUAAAUAUAUAUAAACAUACAAAUAUAUCAAAUGAAUGAACAGACCGGCUGCAAACAAAAACGUUUCAUCUUUUCUAUAUUUUUCUCUGCUUAUAAACCCUUAAAAUUUUUUUUUUUUUUAGCAAAAAGCUAAAAUAAUAGCAUUUUUUGUGAAGGAAUUUUGUUAGAGAUCAGAUUCAGAAUGAUUAUCAAAACAUACACAAAAUUAAAAAUGAGUAAAUAACGUUUUGGCUUCAUUUUAUAAAAUAAAUUGAGUAGCUGCAGUAGCAUUGCAGAUCAACAUAAAACUCAUCACAAACUUUUUUUAUGCAAAUGUUUUCUUUUAAUUGAGAUAACUCGUUAAUGGCGGGGAAAGAGUUAACAGUGUGGUAAUAAAUUAGCCAAAAUAAUCAUUCAGAUGUACAAGUAAACAUGCAGUGACUCUAUUGUCUCUAUUUGUUUUUUUCUUAAUGUGUGUAAUUAAAAAAAACAAAUCAAAUUCUUUAUAGAUAUGUACUUAUGUAAAAUAUAAAGCAACUUUUUCUUCUGGUUGACAUUACAGAUUAUUUUGUCAAUCCCACACUGUGAAAAAUGCAGCAUUUUUGUCAAAUCAACAUGUAUGUGUGUGUUACCUUAACGAAUUAAGUUAAACAAUUUCAACUUGUUUUUAUACGUUAUGUCAACUUAUCACAGGUCAAAAUUUAAAAUAGAUGGUUGACUUGCAAAACCAAGUUGUUUUAACUCCAUGCUGUAUUUUUUUUACGGUGCAGAUAAAAGUACCGCUUAGUUUUCUCACUGAAUAUCCUGUAUGACUCGGAUCCAAAAUAAAUUGGGUUGUGAACUGUGUUUUAUGUUGACUUUAUAAGCAGCAAAUUUCACGUGGGCCUGACAAUAAGUACAUUUUUUCAACAAAUCACAUAAAUACAACUUUAACAUGUCCAGGGAUUUUUCUUUGCAGUUUUUUUGUAAUCUUACUGAAAGUCAUGAGCAACCCGUGUCGCUGUCUGCAUUACUUGCAUCAGUGCUGAAUUUACAAAUGUUUUUGGAGGACUAAGGUGCAGGCAAAUUGAAAUGAUGUGUAAAGAUAUGUUGUACUAGUUAAAAGAGUAAACCUUUCAAAAUAAAAGACUCUGUGAGGGCUUUAGUGAUUACAUCAAUAACAUGUUUUAUCAUUAAACAUAAGAACAAAACUACUGCAUGUCUUGAAACAGCCAUUUUGAUUUGCCUGUGUAUUAAAGCUUUUGCCAUGACCGAGAGUCAUUUGCACACUGUACAGCUUCACGUAAAUCCUACUACCAAUUUUAAGUUUCUUUUCACAGAAUAUCAUGUUUAAAUGGUGGUCUUUUAAAUGUAUGUAGUGUUAUUAACAAAUGAACUUGACAUUUAGUCAUUGGUCUGUUAUGUAUCUUCUCUUGAAAUGCUCAAUGUUUUUAUUUCUAAGAAACUAUUGAAUUGCACAGUU